CCUCAUACCACAUCCUGGUUCAGUUGAACAGAAACUCACUGCGCCUUCAUCGAUGGGGUAACGGUUUCUCAGUUGCUUCAGCCAUAGACCCACAGCGAAACUUUUUAUUGCAGACUGGCCAUCAAGCGCAACUGCAGUCAUGGUCGGCUAUUGUCCGAUUUGUGGGAAACCUGUCUACUUCGGUGAGAAGAAACGUUCCCUGGGCCGGGACUAUCACCCGCUCUGCCUGAAAUGUCAGGAGUGUAAAAGACAACUGACCCCAGGUCAGCACGCUGAGCAUGACGAGAAGCCGUACUGCACCCAUUGUUACAUGAGGAAUUUUGGACCAAGAGGUAACAGAAGAGUAGUGUCACAUUCUUAUCACAACACCGCUUCUACUUAAGAGAUGAUAACGCCCGCCCCCUCCAACACGUGGCACCCUGGUUAUGGAUGGACCGCUUGGUGCUGACUCAACAUUAGUAUCGUUCUGUCACGGGGUUCAAAGAGUCUGGCAACGCCGAAGCCAGGGGAGGCGGGGUCAGUGGCUCAGGGUGAGAUUGCUAAGCAGGUCACAUACCAUGAUUCUGUGGCAGUGACCAUGCUUGGGGGGGAAACCAAUGAACUGCUUAUGAGAACCGUAGAUCCUGAGUAAUGUUUUCACAAUGACUUCACCAAGAUGAUAAUCUGUGAAUCCUUUGUGUGUGUGUGUUUUUUUUUAGAUGAGUCAGGAAUUAAACUCAUUUAUGAAUUAUUUUGAGCACAUUUUACCAGCAAGUUCCAUUUCAGGCCCAGGCACACAUUCUGAGCUAAAAUGAUUGACAGCCUGUAGCCUCUUGCUGGUCUUUCUUUGGUAGCAGUUGACAACAGGAUUUUGCUGAUUUUGCAUAGAUUUGACUCUCAUUGGUCAAAGGCUUAAGAUGUGUGGAAAUACCUUUUGUUACCCAAGGGGCAUGGCUGUACAUCAUGGCUACCAAACCUAUUUUUUACAUGUCAAUAUCUAUUCCCAGAAUGCACACACAAAAUAUAUGACAUUUGGCAUGUGCAUAUAAUGGCAUAUGGUUCUCGACUAUUCCCAGCCCUGUCCAAUUUCUCCACAACAAACAUUUUGCUGCAUGUUUUACAGCCGUCCUUGAUCAGUCAUAAAAUUUGCACGUUCAUUGUUUAUCGCUUUGGGUCAUAAGCCACACCCUUUAUGGUUCCCACAUUUCCUGGUCGUCCCUGUUUUCCAAAAGUAAAUACCCUAACACACACUCAAAUGGCAUGGAAGCCAAUGACCAGUUUUUUAACGUUUUACUUUCAUCAGCAUCCAAUUACUCAGUUCAAAUUUGUAUGCCAUAUUUCUUAAAUGUUGUGCGCUGCUCUCCGUACCACAGCUCAAAGUCAGAAAUCCUCAAGGUUGCCUAAAACCUCCAGAGAAUAAAUGUGGUGGUCCAGGGCCCUUAGCAGUUCUUUAAUGUCCGACAAAUCAUUUAUAUUGAUAUAUUCAACCGGUAUCUAAUUUUGAAUACAAUGUAACACCAACAAUAUAAAAUUGUGCAUAUAGAUGUGAUAAAAUAAAGAUAGUCAUGUAAUGUGUUUUCUCUUUA